CAGGCUCCCACAUCUUGACAUCUCUUCCUCACGAUGUGAAGUACCAUUAGGUUGGAUCAGAAUCUACGAGGGCUUGGCGGCUUGGCUGGGUCGAUGGUUUUGGGGCCAGCACGUGUCGUCGGUGACUGAGGGAUUGACGGAGAAGAGGGAUUCCUUACCGACUGCGACAGCGGUGCCGGAGGUUAGAGAAAAUCGGUGGCUGGGGCCAAUUUUUGGGCGAGAACGACUAGGGAAAUCCAGGGUGAGAGAGCUCGGUGCUGCAACGUGGCCGUCGGCUGAGACUCGACGGAUAAGAGGGAAUCGGCGCCGGAGGUCACAGCGGAGACAAAGGCGACAGAAAUCUCUUGGUCUAGAGUCCGUUGGAGAGCGAGACUUUUGCCUUCAAGGUAGGAUCAGUUUGAAUUCAAACGCUGAAGGGGGACUAUUAUGGCAGAUUUAGAAAAUUUACUUUUGGAAGCUGCGGGAAGAACUGGGACGGGGAGAAAUCGCCAGUCUCUACCUUCUUCGAGGAGGCAACAUGAUGGCUCAUAUUCAGAUGGUGGGAGUGAUUCUAGGGAUGAUGAUUCAGAUGAUGAUCUUAACUUUGCAAGCAGAAAGCCCUCUGGAUCUCAAGUUCCUUUAAAGAAGAGAUUAGAUUCAACAGAAAGAGAUGAUGAUCAGGUUAGUCAAGAAGGGGAUGGGGAUGAUGGUCAUUCCCAUCACGAGGGUGAUAGCAGUGAUGAAUCUGACAUUGGUGAUGAUCUAUAUAAAAACGAAGAUGACCGGCGGAAGCUCUCUGAAAUGACUGAACUUCAAAGAGAGAUGAUCUUGUCUGAUAGGGCAAGCAAAAAGGAUGAUAAAAAUUUGUUGGGGAAGAUAGCAUCAAAGCGUGAGAAAGGAAAGACAAGCGUGCCCAGAAAACAAACUCCUCCUCUUCCAUCAUCUCGUGUGCGUUCAUCAGCCAGAUCUGCUGACAGGUCAGCUGCUAAGGAUGAUGCGCUAAAUGAAUUGCGAGCAAAGAGGUUGAAACAGCAAGAUCCAGAAGCCCACCGUAGACUGAGAGAGGCAUCCAGAGGUUCAGGGUCUCGGCAUUUUUCACCGAAGGGCAAGCCUUUUACUUCAACAAGCCUUAGUAGUUCAAGCCAUAGUGAGAGUGAAAGUAGGUCUCAUAGUGAUGAUGAAGGUUCAACUGGGGAUGGAGGGAUUGGUGACAGUGAUGAUGAUAGGGCAAUGUCUGAUGGGCCAAUAUUUGAGGAUAUUAGAGAAAUUACAAUUCGCAGGUCAAAACUAGCUAAAUGGUUUAUGGAGCCUUUCUUUGAAGAUUUAAUUGUUGGUUGCUUCGUAAGAGUUGGUAUUGGUAGAUCGAAGUCUGGCCCGAUCUACCGCCUUUGCAUGGUGAAAAAUGUUGAUGCCACAGAACCUGAGCGGCAAUAUAGACUAGAGAAUAAAACUACAUACAAGUACCUAAAUGUUACUUGGGGAAAUGAAAAUUCUGCUGCUAGGUGGCAAAUGGCUAUGGUUAGCGACUCUGCACCAAUUGAGGAAGAAUUCAAACAAUGGGUUAAAGAAGUAGAGCGAAGUGGUGGCAGGAUGCCAAGCAAACAAGAUGUGUUGGACAAAAAACAAGCUAUCCAAAAGAUUAACACAUUUGUAUACUCUGCAGCUACUGUCAAACAGAUGUUACAGGAGAAAAAAUCUUCUUCAUCAAGGCCAUUAAAUAUUGCAGCUGAGAAAGAUCGACUGAGGAGGGAAUUGGAGAUAGCACAGAGUAAGAACAAUGAGGCAGAAGUCGAGAGAAUCAAGGCAAGACUAUUAGAAUUAGAGGCAGUCAGACAAGCAAAGGAGAAGGAUGCCAAGGCAUUGAAGCUGGCUGAGAUGAACAGAAAGAACAGGUUUGAGAAUUUUAAAAAUGCUUCUGAAUUGAGGCCACUCAGUGCAGUCUUGAAAGCUGGGGAGGCAGGUUAUGAUCCAUUUUCAAGGAGAUGGACUCGAUCAAGGAACUACUAUGCUUCAAAACCUGGUGAAGCUGGAAAUAAUAAUGCCAAUGGCCCAGUGGUUGGUGCAGGCAUCAAUGGCACAGGAGCAACUUCGGAGGCCGGUAUGGUGGCUACUGCUGCAGCUCUGGAAGCAGCUGCUGGUGCUGGCAAGCUAGUAGAUACAAGUGCUCCAGUGGAUCAAGGGACCGAGUCAAAUGUGCUGCACAAUUUUGAGUUGCCAAUUUCAUUAGCAAUACUUCAGAAGUUUGGUGGAGCCCAGGGAGCUCAGGCUGGUUUCAUGGGAAGGAAGCAAAGAAUAGAAGCAACGGUGGGAUUUCGAGUCCCAGAAAAUGAUGGCAGGAGGCAUGCAUUGACAUUGACUGUUAGUGAUUACAAGAGAAGAAGGGGACUCCUAUGAAGUGUGUUGCUGCUCCCAGUCAUAUCAUGCUGGUUAUGGUAAAUGAGGCAACUGUAUUAUUAAUAUGGACUCUGUUUUGUUGGCGAAAGAAAGAUAGGCGGAAACCGGUUUAUGCUGAUUCUGUAUGACUUGUCCUAUGAUAUCUUAAAUCCUUUUUGUGUGUUCA